AGAAUUGGUCUGCUCGUCGUGACGAUUACAGCGAUGCGAUGGGCCCUCUUGUGGGGGAAUGUGGCCAUUGGGGUCUGGCUGUCGUAACCGCCUCGUUCACUGUCCAUCUUCUGGUUAAGGUGGUAACACGCUGUGCUGGAGUAUUGUUUCUAAGCUUUCAAAAUGAGUUCCAGAGUUCAACUGCACAGACAGGCGCCAUCUUUAGUAUCAUGUCAUCCUCAUCAUACAUAGGAAAUACGAUAGGUGGUGUGUUAGGGAAUCAUCUGAACUGUCGCUCUACUGCUAUACUUGGUAGUAUAUUUUACACUGCUGGGACAAUAAGCUGCAGCUUUACAACAAAUAUUUAUCAGAUGUACUGUACAAGUGCUCUGGCAGGACUAGGUGGUGGAAUUACUGUAAUACCGGCAGUUGUAAUGGUCGCUAAGUACUUCAAGAGAUAUUACCCCUUAGCGUGUGGAAUUUCAACAUCUGGACUUGACAUUGGAAUGUUGGUGUUUGCUCCAUUGAUGCAGCUAUUACUGGAUACUUAUGGAUGGAGGGGAGCAAUGCUCGUAACUGGAGCAUUUGUGGGUAAUGUUUUUGCAGCUGGGGCACUUUUUCGCCCAGUACGGUCGUCUUCACAGACAGGAGACAAGAAGAGCACAGAAGAACAUGUUGAACAAGGGGAAGACAAAGAAAUGCUGAAGGAUAAUAAUGAGAAUCACAGAUCAACGCAGAGUGAAGAUCAUGGAAUCAACGAAGUGAAGACCCAGAACCAAUUACAAAGUACCGAUGCAACGAACAUCACUUUGAAGUCGCAACGCCAGAGGAAUCUAUUCUCCGCAGCCGCCAAUUCACUUCGGCUACAUCUUCUCAGUGAAUCUUAUCGCCUCUCUUUGAUUAUCUUCGCUCAAGUCGUAGCUUACCUCGUUGCUUAUACUUGUUUCAUUAUGUUCUUAGUCCCAUUUGCCACAUCAUCUGGUAUUUCAGAGCAGGAUGCAUCUUUUCUUAUAAGUGUCUGUGGAAUUGGCGGGAUUGUUGGACGUCUUAUUUGUGGAGUCCUAACUAAGAAAGCCUCAUCUUACGUCAUCUACCAGGUGUCCAUGUUUGUGAGUGGAUGUGCCGUCUUGCUGGUGCAACUUGGUACGACCUGGAUUUACAUUUCUGCAUCCAUGGUUGGAAUAACAUACGGAAUACAGUACACAAUCUGGCGGGUGAUGAUGCUGGAGUUAGUUGGAGUGGAUAACAUGGGGUCUGCCAUUGGAAUCUACUCAAGCAUUGGGAUUCCCUUUACAGUCACAGUGCCCAUCUUAUCAGGAGCCCUCUACGAUACAACCGAGAGCUACUCUAUUCUGUUCUACAUAUUUGCAGCGUUCUAUUUCCUUGGAUUUGGGGCGUUGUUUUUGGCACCAAUUUUGAAAAGGAUUGAACCGGGCAUUGUCAAGAAAGAGGACAUCAAUAAAGUAUAAAUAAUAUUGGAAUGGUUUGAAAGCAGUUAUACUCAUUGCUGACAACAGCUGUUGGAGAUUUUUCAUAACACAAAAUCUCACCAAGCCUUACGUUUUAUAUAACACGGGUGUUAAUUGUAUUAUCAUUAUUAUUCAAUCAAUGCUGUUUUACCGUUUACGACAACAUGUUUUUUUUGUGAAUUAUUUACCCCAACACUAUGAAAAAAAAGGGAAAUAAACAUAGCACUGUUUGACCAGUGCUUUCCAGAUGGGAAUUUUUGUCCACGUAUUACUCGGGUGGGAUUUGGGCUAAUGUCGAGUACGUCUGCAGGACAUUAUAAGAGGCGAGCCAAUACUGUUUAUUUGGCUAUGCGAUUAAACAUUUACUAACCUCCUUCGCCAGAAGAAAAACAAUAUUCAAAAGCAGAGGUCUACAUGAAUUUGAUGGAGUUCUAAUGUAAAUUAUGUCCAAGUUACAACAUUUGCUCCCGCACACCGUAUGGACUAUCACUCUGACAAUUUGGUUAUUCGAUAUAUACAAAAUAACCGUUGAUACAAAUUAUACACAAGCAAUACUUUACUUUGAAUAAGGGAUGUGUUUGCUACCAUAUUUAUAUUGAUGGAAUACAGCUUGGAUAUGCAUGAUAUAAUGAAUAAUUCGUAAAUAGGUCUAGUCGUAUUUUUUACUGGCAAAACUGUGUCAAAUUUAUUUUUAGCAGAUUUAAACCUCAUCACGUAUAUAUAUAUACAAAAAUAUUGCAGUUUUUAGUAGGUAUGAUUUUGCGGUUUUGGGUGAUUUCACACAACAAAUGCGAUUAUAAAUGUCAUUUUAUAUUUUAGUGAACAAAUUGUCGCAAACUAAUAUGCACAUGUCAUCUGUUUUGUGACUUCAUAUUAUUUCCAAUUAUUUGCCAUUAUGAGCUCAAUUAUCGGUAUUUUUUUAUGCGAACACAACAAAAGAAUUAUAUUUACAUUCAUAACCGUGAUGUACUUUUUUGUUUGCAAACCAGUUGCUCAAAAGUUGCACUUGGAGUUAUUGGUUGUAAGCCUAUCGUAUAUUGUAACAAAAUUUGCCGCAAAUUUUUUAAAUAUUUUUUCGAUUCAUUCAUCAUCCCCGCAAAUCAAGUGCGUUUUUGUGAUACUGUAACGGGAUUACAAAGCAAUACACAAUGAUGGAGGCAGUUGGCCUAGGCCCGCUGGAUGGGCACCAACUACAACCGCAAGGCACUGACUUGUUGAUCUCCAACAUGAACUACACCGACUGUAAACACGGGACUUGGACAUGUGACCGACACGUGACAAACCUUGACCGUGGGGUGCCGACAUAAUAUGCUUGUGAUUUAGUAACCAAAUAAAUAAUCGUCGAGUGCGUUAUACCCUGCCUCAGUCCUCAAUGUUGUUAUUCCAUUCUUCACCAUCGAACAAAUGUAACACUAGAGAAAGCGUUACCAUGGUUACAAUGAGCCUACUCAACAAUGGUAAUUUCGUUACAAGGAUGCAAGACCAUGGCAAGACACACCUCCACACACGUGACACGAGUAGUCGAUUUAGCCAGCUUCGACACCCGUCUCGCUAAUUAAUUUACCAAGGAAACGUUGUAUAAGUUUAUAAGAGAACGACUUACCCCAACCAACUUUUCUACAACAUCGACCGAAUCCUGUGAAGCAUUUGUGUUGUUGUUUCCGAAGUUCUUGCGGUGUUUAGGGUCGUUUUAUCGUGUGCUUGUGUCCGUCCGCGUGUAAAUAUGACGGGGUCCAUUUUGUAAAUUGGCCCGCCGCAAAAUACUGCUCAUGCGCAUUGCAUGGUUUCAACUGACCGUAUUUUGUGACCGCUUGAGGGCGUUCAACAGCCUUUCUUGCUUGCAUCACAUUAAAUCAAAGUUUCACAAUAUCACAAUAUCCGACUGCCUGAAUAAAUAGUUUAGGUAGGCUUGGUCAAUCUUAGUUAAUUUAAUUAACAUAAAAAACUUAUUUGGUGAGAAGA